AUGGCCGCCACUUCCGGUGCUGGGCAGCACGCCCAGUGCAUCAAGUGCAUGUACUGCAAAAGUGACCUGUACGAGGAAGCUUGCGAUGCCGUUGGAAAGCGCGUGACCUGUACCGAGGGGAAUGCCCACGAGCACUUUCGCUAUCUGCAGCGUCUCGAUAAGGAGCUGCGUGAGCCCAACCGGAACGAAGGCUACCAGUGUAUGAAGAUCAAAGUAGGCAACCAUCGGCUGAUCAAAGGGUGCAUCUAUGCCAAUCUGCCGGUGUGUGUGGCCUUCCGGAAACGGGCAAAAACAUGUUCGGCCUGCUUGGAUGACGAUUGCAACAGUUUGCAGUACAGGGAUUACUAUCUGAACUAA